UUUAGGCUCGCAAAACAAUGUCACACUUCGAUCCAGCGUUACGUACUUGGAACGGACCCCGACAACCGUCGAUAAUUAAUCCUGCGGUCAGUGUUGGGCAGGCGAUUAUUAACGUCCUCGAACGGACACCGGAAAAGGUGUUCCUGAUAAGUGCCGAUACCGGUGAGAGUGUCACUUGUGGCGAGCUGAGAACUCGUAUGAUCCGAGUAGCGUUGAAUUUGAACAAACGGUGUAAUUUGUUGCAAAAUGACGUGGUCUGUAUGGUGGUGGAAAACAGUUCUCGCGUGAUCCCGGUGUUGUUUGGAUGCUUUCUACUGGGAGCUCCCGUUCACACACUGGAUGCAUCCUUCGAACAGUCCGAUCUGGUUCAUCUGAUGGGCAUCACAAAACCGAAACUGGUGUUCUGCAACGAAAGUAAUGUCAAAACUGUGAUUGAAUCUCUUAAACAGCUAGCUUCGGACGCACGGGUUGUGAUUCUAGAUGACCUGGCCAGUGAAAAACUUUUGUUCGAUACAGCCGAAGAAGAGCAGCACUAUCGGCCACCUUAUUUGGGUGACUCCGAUAAAACCGUAGCCGUAAUCGUGUGUUCCUCAGGAACUACGGGUAUUCCGAAGGCAGUUUGUUUAACUCACGCCCUAUUGAUUGCGCCCUACCCGUGGGUUACGAACCUCGGUAUCGAUACGGUGCUGUGCUUCAGUUCCCUGUACUGGGUUUCCUCGUUUCAAAUGCUAAUGAUGGCCCUUUUCAACGGUAACAAACAGAUUACAACGUCGAAACCGUUCAGUCCUGCGUACGCCUACGAAUUGAUCAGUAAAUAUCAAGUUACCAACAUGUUCACGACCCCUCCGAUGCUGGUAGAACUGGUUGAGUACUGCGAAUCGCAAAACCUUACGCUCCCAUCGUUGAGGAUUAUCGGAUGCGGUGGUAGUUCUUUACCCGAAGCGAUACGGCAAAGGGCCGACGCUUUAUUGAAACCCAAAGGGACGGUGUGCGUAGGUUAUGCGAUGAGUGAAACCGGUGGCAUCGUAUCGAUUAAUCUGUUCGGAAAACCAAACUCGGUCGGAGUGUUGAUGCCCAAUUUCACCGUUCGGAUCGUCAAGCAUGAGGGAAACCCACUGGGACCGGAACAGGAAGGCGAAAUCCAGGUACGUUACGAUCAUCUUUUCGCUGGUUACUACGGAAACGAGAAGGAAACCCGUACAGUGCUUACGCCGGAUGGAUUCAUCAAAACCGGUGACGUCGGGUACUUCGAUAAAGCAGGUUUCCUGUACAUCACCGACCGGAUGAAGGAGAUGCUCCGUUAUCAGGGCUAUCAAAUUGCACCGGCUCAGCUGGAAGCCAUGUUGGUAGAACUUCCCGCGGUCAGUCAGGCGGCGGUAGUAGGAAUACCACAUCCCAAACCACCCCAUGUCGAUCUGGCUACGGCACUGGUUGUGCUUCGAACUGGUCCUGACGACGGACAGUCCAAAACCCUAGAUGAGCAACAGCUUUUGACACUGGUGAAUCAGCAGUUGCCGGACUAUAAGCGCCUACGGGGAGGAUUGUUCGUUGUCGAUAGCCUACCGCGUACGACCAACGGGAAGAUAAACCGCAGGGAGGCCAAACAGAUGGCACUGAAGCUUUCACAACUUACAAAUGGGAAUGGUGUUCUCUAGAUGGUGGAUUAAUUUUAUCGAAUUUUAUUAAUUUUGUAUGCCAUGUUUUAUGAUUUUUAAUUUGUUGUUUUCUCGCUUGUUUAUUUUAGUGUGUAACAAUUGUCUCGUCCUAUGUUCUAAUCUUUUUUUAGAUCCUCGCGAUGAGCAAUAUGAUUGCGUUUGAAGGAUAAUAACAACAGUUUGUUUUUAGUUCUAGACAUCAAAAGAUAAUAAGAGAGUCGAUUAGAAAUUAAAUUUGAGGUUUACCCAUUCAAGGUUUUUUUUCUCGAUUAGUCAAUUCCGGGUAGAAGGCAUGGAAAAUAAAUAGCUCUCGGUCUGUCAACUACCUAAUCAAUAACAGAAGACCGACUGAUGAUAAAUAAAAUAUAGUAACUAUUGGUUGAUAGGUGGUUGUGAUGAGCACAGUCUAGUAGAGUGCCAGUGAGAAACCAAAAAUCCUACUCUAACUAAAUGGUAAAUACAACGAAAAAAAAAACAUUUUACUAUCGGUGCACACUCGAGAAAAGUAGGCAACUACAGACAGAUUCGCAAUCAAAUAAAUAAGCAAAGCUCG